CGCCGCCGCCAGCGUCGCACGCGUCUCGCGACCGCUCGGAGCGCCUUCCUUCCCGCGCUUCCUUUUUUUUUUUUUUUAACCCCUUUAUUUUUUUUUUCCCGGUUUCUUCGUUUUUAAGUUAAUUUUCUUCGAUUAUUUUCGUUUCCCUUUUUACCUCGCCAUGCCCGCCGACACGGGCAUGGAAAAACCCACCGCUUCCCCCAUCGCUGGGGCACCGGCCAGCGCCAGCCACACGCCGGAUAAACCGCGGAGCGCCAGCGAGCACCGGAAGGUAAAUGGCAGCGGAUGGCGGCGAGCCCGCGGCCGGGCCGAGUCCUCCAAACCCAUCAUGGAGAAGCGGCGGCGGGCGCGCAUCAACGAGAGCCUGGGGCAGCUGAAGAUGCUCAUCCUGGACGCGCUGAAAAAAGAUAGCUCGCGGCACUCCAAGCUGGAGAAGGCGGACAUCCUGGAGAUGACGGUGAAGCACCUGAGGAACCUGCAGCGGGCGCAGAUGGCCGCCGCGCUCAGCGCUGACCCCAGCGUGCUGGGCAAAUACCGCGCCGGUUUCAAUGAGUGCAUGAACGAAGUGACACGGUUCCUGUCCACCUGCGAGGGGGUGAACGCCGACGUGCGAGCCCGCCUGCUGGGUCACCUGUCGGCUUGCCUGGGGCAGAUCGUGGCCAUGAACUACCUGCCACCCCCACCCGCUGGCCAACCCUCCCAUCUGGCUCAACCUCUGCACGUCCAGCUGCCUCCUACCACCGCCGGAGCGGUGCCCGUGCCGUGCAAGCUGGAACCUACCGAAGCGCUCUCCCCUAAAGUCUACGGUGGUUUCCAGCUCGUCCCAGCCACCGACGGCCAAUUCGCCUUCCUCAUCCCCAACCCAGCUUUCCCACCCGGCUCCGGACCGGUUAUCCCACUCUACGCCAACGCCAACGUCCCGGUGUCCGCAGGCGGAGGCUCUGGGAACGCAUCCGCCACUCCGUCAGCAUCCCCAGUGCAGGGCUUGACGUCGUUUGGGGGCAACGUGGUGCCCUCGUCCCAGGCGGGCAGCCCCAUCGGCGAGCGCAGGGAAUCCGUCUGGAGGCCGUGGUGACCGUCCCUUCCCUCGUCCCAAAAAAAAACUCUGCGUUGGCUCCGUUGUAUGGAGCCCCGUUCCGGUUGGUUGAUUUCUUUUUCCUAAGCAGAUUUCAACACGGGGAGGGGGAGAGGAGGAGGAGGAGAAAAAAAAAAAAAGGACCUCGCUAGGAAGGCGCUAUUUAUUAUUCUCAGAGCUUGGGAUCUCGACUUGUAUUUUUACUCCUUUGAAAUGCCUUUAUUUGAGAUACGUGGUUUGUUUUUUUUAUUAUAAUUAAAGAGAAAUAAAUGAGAAAUUAGUUUUGUAACGAAUACUCGCAAGUAUAAUGCCAAAGUUGUUUGUAUCCCGUCGGUCCGUGCGUGCGUUGCGUGCCUGUGUUGGAGACCUCCAAAAAAAAAAAACAAAGAAAAACACACACAAAAAAAAAACCAAUAAUAAUAAUAAUGCAGGUGUUGAAAUAAACUCUUUGAAAUAGAA